AUGAACCAGAGGAAGCUGGUCUCAUCUAUAAAAGACACCACUCCUAACUUGGAUCAUGCAAAACCUUCUGCCAAAGAAGACUAUGGCUCUUCUUCUUCUGUGAGUGCAAUUAAGAAAGAGGAGAAUGGAAACGCUAGUGUUAGCCCAAGCAAUUAUGGCAAGUCAUUUUUGAACAAAUUACCAGAAGCUAACAAGACUUCUCCUCUAGAGAGAAGCAAACAAAGCUCAGCCUCUGUGCAAUCUUCUUCCCCAUCCGGUGUAGCCAGUAGUGGGAAACCUUGGUCUAGCGUAGUAGCCUCUAGUGUAGAUCCUCCUUAUAAACCGUCUUCUAAGCAAACUUCUUGUGACAACCCGCCCCGUGGGACUACCCAUCCACUAUCCUCUUACCUGACAAAAACACCAAGUAUAAAGACCGAGGAGUACAUGGAAACAAAAGAGGAAAAAACACAUGAAGAAGAAGCCAGCAGUGAUACUAAUGAACCUGUGAGGGAUGAAGAGAAGCCAUCUCCACUGGCCGAAGCAAAUGUCAUGAAUGUGAUACUGCUUGUUGUUUUGUUUGAUUUGAUAGGUGGCCUUGGAGAUGUAGCAGGUGCUUUGCCAAAGGCUUUGGCUCGCCUUGGACAUAGGGUUAUGGUUGUGGUUCCUCGGUAUGCAGAGUAUGAAGAAGCUAAAGAUGUAGGGGUACGGAAGAGAUAUGAGGUGGCUGGGCAGGAUAUGGAAGUAAUGUACUUCCAUGGUGUGGAUUUUGUUUUCAUUGAUAGUCCUGUGUUCCGGCAUCUCAGUAAUAACAUUUACGGUGGAAACAGACUCGAUAUCUUGAAGCGCAUGGUUUUGUUUUGCAAAGCCGCUGUUGAGGUUCCUUGGUAUGUUCGUGGAGGUGUCUGCUAUGGAGAUGGCAAUUUGGCUUUCAUCGCAAAUGAUUGGCACACUGCUUUGCUCCCUGUCUACUUGAAAGCCUAUUACCGAGAUCACGGAUUAAUGAAAUACACACGUUCUGUUCUUGUAAUCCACAACAUUGCUCACCAGGGUCGAGGACCGGUAGAUGAUUUCUCAUACGUGGAUCUACCGGGGCAUUACUUGGACAGCUUCAAGCUGUACGACCCUGUGGGAGGAGAGCACUUCAACAUCUUCGCGGCUGGUCUUAAAGCUGCGGAUAGAGUUCUCACCGUUAGGCAUGGAUACUCCUGGGAGGUUAAGACCUUAGAAGGAGGCUGAGGUCUUCACAACAUCAUAAGCGAAAACGACUGGAAGUUUAGAGGCAUUGUGAACGGUAUCGACACAAAAGAAUGGAACCCAAAAUUUGAUCUUCACCUGCACUCUGACGACUACACAAACUAUUCCUUGGAGACUCUUCACAUCGGCAAGCCUCAAUGCAAAGCUGCGUUACAGAGAGAGCUCGGUUUACCUGUUAGACCGGACGUUCCUCUGAUCGGUUUUAUCGGAAGAUUGGAUCACCAGAAAGGUGUUGAUCUGAUAACUGUGGCGGUUCCGUGGAUGAUGAGCCAGGAUGUUCAGCUGGUUAUGUUAGGCUCAGGGAGACCUGAUCUUGAAGAGGUCCUCAGACGAAUGGAGUAUCAGUACAGGGACAAAGCACGAGGAUGGGUUGGUUUCUCGGUUAGAACAGCUCACAGGAUAACAGCUGGUGCUGACGUUCUGCUUAUGCCUUCGAGGUUCGAACCGUGCGGUUUAAACCAGCUUUACGCGAUGAUGUAUGGAACCGUUCCGGUGGUCCAUGCGGUGGGAGGGUUGACUGAUUCAUGCUUUGGGAAACUGUUUGUUGACGUAUUUACGCGAUGAAGUAUGGAACCGUUCAGCAGGUAAGCUGAUUCAUGCUUUGGGAAACUGUUUGUUGACGUAUAGAGAGUAUAAGGAGAGCUGGGAAGGGCUUCAGAGAAGAGGGAUGACUCAAGAUUUGAGUUGGGAUAAUGCUGCUGAGAAUUAUGAAGAAGUUCUUGUUGCUGCUAAGUAUCAAUGGUGAGAGUUAAUAAAUAAAAGUUCUUUUUUUUUCUUCUUUUAGUGUCUGUAAAGAAUCUGUCUUUUGGAAUUGUUAAGAAGCAUAGUUGUGUAGAUUUUGUGAAAGCUUGGCAAAUUAGCAUG